UAUAUUUAGGGUCGGGGGGGCAGGCUCUUCCGUGAAUCGAAAGGAAAGCAUGGCACCCAAGAGAGCUACACACACCGAUAGCGACGACGAAGACGACAUCUUCUACUACCGCUUCUGCUCUUCUUCCUCAUCUGCCCAAGCCCAGGCCCAGGCCCAAGACCAGACUAAGACUAUUACUACUGCUGCUGGAUCCGCUUCUUCUUCUUCGUUGGCUCCCUCGAAAUCAACCCUCUACGUUUCCAACCUGGACUACGCCCUAACCAACUCCGACCUCCACACACUCUUCUCCACCUUCGGCCGCAUUGCCCGCGUAACCGUUCUCAAGGACCGCCAUACCCGACUCAGUCGCGGCGUCGCCUUCGUCCAAUUCGUCACUCGCGAAGACGCCCGCCGCGCCGCUGAUCAAAUGCACGGCAAGAUCCUCAACGGCCGCACGCUCUCCGCCUCCAUCGCACUCGACAACGGCCGCGCUCCGGAGUUCAUUCGCAAGCGCGUCUACAAGGACACUGGCCGCUGCUUCGAGUGCGGCCAGUCCGGACACCUCUCCUACGACUGUCCCCGCAACCGCCUGGGUCCUCGCCAGCGCCCGCCUCCGAAGCGUGGCAGGCGCGGAGGCGGCGGAGGUAUGGGAAGAGGCGGGAGAGGCAGCCGGCGAAGGGAGGAAGAUGACAAUGACGAUGAUGAUGAUGAUGAGGGAUCGGACGGUGGCGGUGGCGGCGCGGAGCGGUUUGAGGAUGAUAAUUGGGCUUCGGUUGUAGACGGCGGCGCCGAUGAGAGGCUUUUGGGGAGGAAUGAGAAGGUUGUUGCCAAGAAGAAAGAGAAGAAAGCUGGGUACUUCAGCGAUGAGAGCGACGAAGAUGAUGAAUGAAGAUGAAAAAAUUGAGAUUGGAAUUGGAAAGAGGAAUUUGAAGAUAGGGUUUUGAAGGGGUGGAUUCAGCUUCAUUGCUGCAAGUUGAUUAGAAUUUUGUACAUGAUUAAUGUAUUUUCUACUUAGAUGCCACCUUGGAUUGCUUGAUUGUGAAAAUAGACAUAAAAUUAAUGUAUUUUUUAUAUAUACUCUGCUUUGAAUUAUGGUUUUGUGACAGAAGUGUGCAGAAAUAUAGAGAAGACCCACUUCUAUGGAGUAUAGAAAAUACAAGAAGGUUUUAUU